ACUUUCCAAAAAGCCCCUUACCAACCUAAACUCAUCAUGCCUCCUAGAAGACAAAAUCCUCCUCGUCAACGAGUUGUUCGGGACAUAGAAAUAGAAGAACUACGUCAACAAAUUCAAAGGCUUCAAGAAAGACUCGAAGCUUUUGAGGGACAGCAAGCUCAACACCCGCAAGAUGAACCACAUGAGUCAGAGGAAGAUACUGAUAACGAGAAUCCCUUUCAUGACCUAAGGGAUAAUGAAAGCUCAUCAUCAACAGAAAAAGUUCGUCAUCGACGACGUCCCCAACAAAAUGCUGCUCCCAAAUCCACUGACCUUGGCAUCAAAAUUGAUAUUCUAGAUUUUGAAGGUCGCCUUCAACCAGAUGAAUUUAUCGGCUGGUUGCACACUGUGGAGCGUGUGUUUGAACUCAAGGAUAUUCCUGACGACAAGCGUGUGAAGAUCAUCGCCAUCAAAUUAAAGAAGCAUGCAUCCAUUUGGUGGGAGAAUCUCAAACGCAGUCGAGAAAGAGAAGGCCGCAACAAAAUUAGAACUUGGGAGAAAAUGCGUCGGGAACUCACUCAAUAUACUAUGGAGUUCGAACAAUUAAUGAUGAAGUGUGAUGUUCAGGAAAAGGACGAGCAAACCAUAGCUCGAUAUCUUGGAGGGUUGGACUAUGACAUUUCCAAAGUUGUUCAACUUCAACAAUAUUGGACUUUGGAUGAUGUAGUUCGACUAGCAUUGAGGGUUGAAAAGCAAAUCUCAAAGAAGAAUAUCACUAAUGCUUCAAAACCGUGGGAUUUUGCAGCCAGCAGAGGGACUCAAGCCUCAAAAACUACUGCUAAGGCCCCUGCCAAGACUGAGAAGGAAGUCAGCUCGAGUCGUCCAGCUCAAUCUAACACUCGAAAGUGUUUCAAGUGUCAAGGAUUUGGCCACAUAGCCUCCGACUGUCCAAAUAGGAGAGUUGUCACCAUUAUCAGAGGAGAAAUUCAUGAAGCCUCAGAAGAUGAAGCAAAAAAGGAGCAAAAUGAUGAAACUGGGUCACCCCAACUUGAGGAAGAACUCAUCCCAGCUGACCAUGGAGAGUCUUUGGUUGUCUGCAAUGUCAUCAUUGACAGUGGAAGUUGUGAGAAUGUUGUGUCAAAUUAUAUGGUUGAGAAGCUAGGUCUGCCUGUCAAAGAUCAUCCCCAUCCAUACAUGUUACAAUGGCUACGAAAGGGAAACGAGGUAAAAGUCACCAAACGUUGCCUUGUCUCUUUUUCUAUUGGUAACAGGUACCAAGACGAAGUAUGGUGUGAUGUUAUUCCUAUGGAUGCUUGUCACUUGUUACUUGGUCGCCCUUGGCAAUUUGACCGAAAGGCUAUCCAUAACGGCCAUGCCAACACCUACUCGUUUGUGAGAGAUGGUGUGAAGGUCAAGCUCACUCCCUUGAAGCCUGAAGAAACACUUGAAAAAAAGGAAAUCCGAUCUCUCCUUGAAGAAUUUUCUGAUGUUGUUCCUGACGAGAUCCCUCCUGGAUUACCACCAAUGAGAGACAUUCAGCAUGCCAUUGAUUUCAUCCCAGGAUUUGUCAUCCCAAACAAGCCUGCUUAUCAUAUGAACCCUCAAGAGUAUGCGAAACUUCAACGACAAGUCAAAGAACUGGUGGAGAAAGGACUUGUCAAGGAAAGCAUUAGCCCAUGUGCCGUGCCUGUGCUACUCGUCCCAAAGAAAGAUGGAACUUGGAGAAUGUUUGUAGAUAGUCGAGCAGUCAACAAAAUCAUUAUCAAGUACCGCUUCCCAAUUCCACGCCUUGAUGAUAUACUUGAUCAACUGCAUGGAGCUACUGUCUUCUCAAAGAUUGAUUUGAGAAGUGGAUAUCACCAGAUUAGAAUGCGUCCCGGUGAUGAAUGGAAGACAGCAUUCAAAACUAGAGAUGGUUUGUACGAGUGGACGGUCAUGCCAUUCGGAUUGUCAAAUGCUCCCAGCACUUUCAUGCACCUUAUGAACCAGGUAUUUCGACCCUUUACUGGGAAAUUUGUUGUGGUUUACUUUGAUGAUAUCCUGGUAUAUAGCAAGAAUGAACAGGAGCACCUAGACCAUCUUCGGCAAGUUUUUGAAGUCCUUAGAGAGCAGAAACUUUAUGCUAAUCUCAAGAAAUGUUCAUUCCUCACUACAAGUGUGACAUUUCUUGGAUACAUCAUCACUGCUCAAGGUAUCAAGAUGGACCCCAGUAAGAUUGAUGCUAUUGUCAACUGGCCUACACCAACAUCGAUGCAUGAUAUUCGAAGCUUCCAUGGCCUGGCAUCUUUUUACCGGAGAUUCAUCAAGAAUUUUAGUUCUAUUGUUGCCCCAAUCACUGACAGCCUCAAGGGUGACAAAUUUUCAUGGAGUAGCAAAACCCAACAGAGUUUUGAAGAAUUAAAGAGGAAGCUCACUGAAACCUCUGUACUUGCACUUCCCAACUUUGACCUGAUGUUUGAAGUAGAUUGUGAUGCUUCUAAUGUUGGAAUUGGUGCAGUGUUAAGUCAAGAAGAAUUCAUCUUGCACUCUGACCAUGAGGCAUUGAAGCACCUGAAUUCUCAACAGAAGAUCAGUCGUCGCCAUGCUGCUUGGAGUGAAUUUCUACAAGCUUAUCCUUUCCUCCUCAAAUACAAAUCAGGGGUCCAGAAUCGUGUAGCUGAUGCUCUGAGUCGCCGACAUGCCUUGCUUACUUCCUUACAGAUGAAAGUCACUGGAUUUGAAGUGAUCAAGGAGUUGUAUGAGGAUGAUCCUGAUUUUAGCAACAUUUGGCAAGCCACUUCUAAUCAAGCCUUUCAGCAAUAUCAUCGUCAGCAAGAUUACCUCUUCAAGGGUAACCGACUAUGUGUUCCACGUUGCUCACUCCAAGAUUCAAUUAUCUGGAAAGCACAUAAUGGUGGAUUAGCUGGUCAUUUUGGGAGAGACAAGACUUUAGCUCUUAUUAAAGAAAGUUUUUACUGGCCAAAGUUGGAGCAGAAUGUCAUUCGUCACAUUCAAAGAUGCAAAGUUUGUCACCAAGCCAAGACAAUCAAUCAAAACACAGGGUCGUAUCUGCCAUUGCCUAUCCCAACUUCACCUUCAGAUAGAGAUGUGAAGUUCAUGAGUCAUUUUUGGAGGACUUUAUGGAGAAAGAUGGGCACUCAACUCCAGUUUAGUUCUGCUAGCCAUCCCCAAACCGAUGGGCAAACUGAAGCUAUCAAUAAGAUUUUGGGGAAUCUACUACGAAGUCUUACCAACCUAAGUGGUGAUCCUGGCAAUCGAAUUCAUCGUAGUGGGAUUUUAAAUCUCACCAAAAUCGGUGUUUUGGUAUCGGUUCCUACGCCACAUCUACCAUAUGGUUCAGAUAUACCAAUGGUGUUUUACCUAUCAACUGCCCAAGUGGUCAAACCCAAUUAGAUUGCCUCAGGUUAGCAACAGUUUGCUU